AUGGCGUUCCCAAGCAGCACAACGCCAUCCACCCCGCUAUAUGUGAACGACGGCCUCCUAAACCCCGAACAAGUUGGCUAUCUCCAUCCCUCGUCCCCGGACGAGCCGCUGGACGAGCUACGCAGUCGGUACUUGCGGGACGGCUACCUCUUCCUCAAGGGAGUGAUCCCGCGCGCCGACGUGCUGAAAGCCCGGGAAGCCUACUUCUCUGUCCUUUGCCCGAGUGGUGUUCUCGCGCCAGGCACAGCCCCCGUAGACGGGAUCUUCGACGCGUUCAAAGACAAGCUCGACUACCCCGGGAUCGGCGCAGGCUCGACAGACGCCAACGGUCGGCCGCGGGGCGGGCUAUUUUACAAGGACGACUUCUGCAAGCACCCGGCGCUGCACGGAUUCGUGAGCCGGUUCACCGGCUGGGGGGCCGAUAACAUCCUCGCGCUCCGGCGCACGCUGCUGAGGAAUAACACCCCCGGCAACAAGGCCAUCGGCGUCCACUACGACCAGAUCUUCCUGCGGCACGGGGAGGACACGAGCGUCACGGUGUGGGUGCCCAUGGGGGACAUCGCCCUCGACGGGGGCGGGCUGAUCUACCUCAAGCGGAGCCACGAGCUGGGGCGGGAGAUAGAGGACGGCUUCUACGAGAAGGCAACGGAGACGGGGUUGACGGAGGACGAGGCCAAGAACGCGUUCAACCGGAACAUGAUGGGCGGUGGGCUGCUAGCGGACGGGCCGCGCGAGUUUGGGGAGAGCCACGGCAGGAGGUGGUUGGUGACUGAGUUUGAGGCGGGUGAUGUAAUGCUGCACACACCCUACACCAUUCAUGCAUCGACGAUCAACCACAGCCCCAAGAAUACGAUCCGCCUCGGUACAGAUCUGAGAUACGUGAACUCUUCGCGGCCAUAUGACGCUAGAUGGACCAACGACUACACCUUUGGGGACGAAGUUUAAGUAUUGAACCAACAUGCAAGAUCGC